CCUGAGGGGUGAACCCCGUCCAUAGCAGAAAGGACCCGCCCCCCAUGGACGCCAUUUUGCGCCGCCAGCAGCCAGAUCGGAAAUGCGCUUGCCCCUGGUCACGUGACACGGAGCUGCGCUGUUCACGUGAUGAGGAAGAUGGCGGCUUCCGGCCCCGGCCAAUCAGGAAGUGGGAGCUGCCGGCGGCUGCGCAGAGGGGUUUGGAGCAGGGUCUGGCGAGGAGGCAUAUCAAGAGUUCCCCAGCGACUGAGGUGCCUCCCUGGGGUGCCCAGGACAGGUGGGCAUCGAGGGGAACCCGUGGUGGAAGAGGGGAGAGCCCCACAGAUCCUGACCAAGUGUGGAUCCCGAGGGAGAAGCCAGUUCCUGCAGGGGGACCUGGGGACAUCUGGGUGCACAAGGAUGCAGAUGAGCCAGGCCACAGCGCUGCUCACACUCUGCCUGUCGGCACUUUGCCAGCCAGCAUUGGGCACUGAGGGCAAGAGAAAACUGCAGAUUGGUGUCAAGAAGCGGGUGGAGAACUGCCCCAUCAAAUCCCGCAAGGGAGAUGUGCUGCACAUGCAUUACACCGGCAAGCUAGAAGACGGGACCGAGUUUGACAGCAGCAUCCCACGUGACCAGCCCUUCAUCUUCUCACUGGGGACGGGCCAAGUCAUCAAAGGCUGGGACCAAGGCCUGCUUGGGAUGUGCGAGGGUGAGAAGAGGAAACUGGUGAUUCCCUCCGAGCUGGGCUACGGGGACCGAGGGGCUCCACCCAAGAUCCCAGGUGGUGCAACACUGAUCUUCGAGGUGGAGCUGCUGAAGAUUGAGCGGCGACCGGAGCUGUAGGCAGGCGGCAUUGGCUGUGGGCGGGUGGGGAAGAGGUCUGGGGGGCCUGGGCUUGGUGGGGGGAAGGAUGGUGUGUGCGCGCACAGUCACACGGGGGAGCAGAGGGGUGUUCAAAAGAAAUCCUGGAAGAUCAAAAAUAAAAGCACAGACUGGA